UGCUAUUGCUCAUAGUUUCAUUAGCCCCAUGUCACUCUGACGCAGUCGCUACUUUCUGAAAUUUUCAUCAUGCUUUUGCUUUGUGUCCUAAAAAUCUUAAAGUUAGCCAGGUUGCUAAAUGAAAGCGUUGAAUCGCGAGUCAGCAUCAAGCUGCGCUCGUGCGAAUACAAAGUUUAAAGUGAGUUAGUCGCUUUUACCAUGUCGGCCGUCACGCAACAAAACAGAAGGAGACGCCCCCCUAAAAUGUACAUACUGACGUCCGACCACAAGGUACAAGACCACCUGGAUGGUACCAUUCGGCUGCAGAGGGGGAAUCUGUGCCAAGAGCAGGAGGGUGGAGGGGAGCGCGGUGGAAGAGGGGACUUCUUAUGGGUAAAGGUUAUAGACAAUGGCGCUAUGGUGAAGCUUGAUAAGCACUUAUUAAGUGAAAUAGCUGCUGAUCAGGCUGGCUUGCUGGAGCCUAUCACUGACCUUGAGCUGCGAUUCAAACUGCUCUCCAAACCUCACCGGCUUGCCAGAUUGGCCAGCUUGCCCCUGGGGUCGCCCGUGCUAGUGCGGUAUGGCCAGACAGGAGAACUGGCUGAUGCUGAGCUCCGUUACCGUGGCCCCUUAAUGCGAGGGAGCGGCGCUGUGUAUUUUGGGGUCCAACUAAAAGGAUCCGCAGCAGGCAGGGGCAGCAGUAAUGGAAGUUACAAAGGCCACCAGCUUUUCACGUGCCCUGAACAGUGUGCCCUUUUUGUGUCAGUCAGCGAUAUCAUACCAUUUCGACCGACCCGAAGCAGCAGUUUUGGGGAUAAUGAACCUCAACAAACUGAAAUAAACAGACCAAACCAGAACAACCAGAGUUCUAGUCAUGUCCCAAAUCCAGUUAGUGUCUUAGCACGUACAGCAGAAUCAGUGCCAUCUGACACUUGCUUACCUCUGCUGCAAGUGGGGCAGAGGGUCUGCUUCACCCUGGACAAGGUGCAUCACUGGGGCACAGUGCAGUACUGCGGGCAGCUUCCUGGCCGUACAUCGUCAGGAGGAGUGUAUGUGGGAGUUUUGCUGGACAAUCCAGUAGGAAACUGGAAUGGUUACUAUAAAAACUACAAGCUGUGCUCUAUUCCUUCUCCCGAAUUCGGCCACCUUCUUCCCCUCUCCAAAGUGGUUGCAGAAACAAGAUCAGAGCGCACAACUCCAGAAAUCCCUCCACUUCCUUCUUCCAAAAACGUGCAUCAGCCUUCUUCGCCCACACAUAGCAGGCACCUCCCACAGACUACAAUAACCACAAACCCCAGCCACAACCCUAGACUGCUGAUAGAGCCUUCCAUGCUAGCCAUGGCUAAAUCUGCUCUACAACCUACAACUUCAUCAGCUGCUUCAAAAGUUGCUUUAAAACCUCCUCCUGUCCCGAUCGUUAAAUCCGCUGUCAGACCACCUCCUGUUCCACCUAAUAAGUCACAAGCCCCGCCCCUUUCACCCUCCACUGACCAACUUCAUACUUCAAAUGGAUUUCAUAAUCCACCCUCUCCACUGAUUGCAGAGAAAGCAGAAGCUAAUAUGUGGUUAGAGGUUGGUUCUAUGGUCGAGGUGAAUGACCCACCACUUUUCGGAGUCAUUCGGUGGAUUGGAUACAUCGGUGGAAUUUCAGAACCAGUGGCUGGCAUCGAACUGGACCAGGAGUUGACCGCUGCCACGGAUGGCAACUACCUUGGUGAGCGUCAUUUCCGUUGCCCCCCUAACAAGGGGCUGUUUAUCAAACUGCGUAACUGUAGACGAGACUCCAGAUUUCCUGUCCCUGAGGCACCGAUCAAUCAGGUGGAGCGCUGCAAUUCGAUUGCAUUUGCAGAAUGGGGCAGUAAGCGUGUGGAGGAGAACACACCACCCAUGUUGGGUCAGGAGGCUCGGCAGUUGUAUGAAGGCUUUAAGAAAGGCAUCCAGGGCCAUCUCAACUCCUGCUACCUGGAUGCAUCACUCUUCAGUCUGUUCUCCUGCUGCAGUUCAGUCGACUGGGUUUUGUUUUGGCCCUGCAACGAACAUGGCCACCGAAGCAAAGAUGCUCAGGAACUACUGCGCUGUGAAAUUGUCAAUCCUUUACGCAGGUUUGGAUACGUAUGUGCCAGUAAGACUAUGGCAUUGCGGAAGCUUCUGGAAGCUGAGACUACAGAUGCAGGCUUUACUAAUGAAGAGAAAGAUCCUGAAGAAUUCCUCAACAAGCUUUUCCAGCUCCUCCGGGUGGAACCACUUCUGAAGAUUAGAUCUUUGAGCCAGGAGCCACAGGAAUGCCACAUUUAUCAACUUUUCCCUCCUACACUUCCCUGUCCAUCUUCACCUAUUCGUUCUCCGCUCUCGCCCUCUUUCACUCCCUCUCUCUCUCCAAUCCCUCUGUCCUCACCCUCAGCUGGAUUCAUGAGGGUUGCCAGUGUGCAGACACUGCUGGAAUCCUCCUUCAUGCAUUCUGGGCUUAAAUUCACAGAGGCUCCAUCCUGUCUUCCUCUGCUUAUGCCACGAUUCGGGAAAGAGUUUAAGAUGUUUGAUGCCAUUCUGCCAUCCCUCACACUCGACAUCACCGACCUUCUGGACGAGACACUUCGACAGUGUAGUAUAUGUCAGUCGGUGGCAGAGUGGGAGUGUUCACAGUGUUAUGAGGAUCUGGACAUCACACCUGGCCAGUUAAAACAGUAUUGCAACACCUGCAAUGCCCAAGUUCACGCCCACAAGAAGCGCCAGACACACAAACCAGUUAAGGUCAGAAUGCCCAAGGGCACGUGGGAGGGACCGGUUCAUGGAGCUCGCCAGCAAUUAACUCUCUUCGCUGUGACAUGUAUCGAGACCAGUCAUUAUGUGAGCUUCGUCAAGCACGGGCCCCUCCCUACCGACUGGCUGUUCUUCGACAGUAUGGCUGAUAGAGAGGGAGGGGAGAACGGCUUCAACGUGCCACAGGUGAGGGCGUGUCCAGAGGUGGGACGCUACCUGAGCCUGUCAGAGGCAGAGCUCAGCCGCUUAGACUCCACCUUCCUGAAAGAGCCAGUCCGAAGAUUGCUCUGCGAUGCCUACAUGUGCCUGUAUCACUGUCCUGAACUGAGCCUGUAUAAGUGACGUAAAGAGCUAGCAGUGAUGCUUCUCCUGACACACAACCAACCUUACAGUGUUUCAAAUACGACAGUGUUGCAAAUCUUCUUUUGGUGUGUCACAUGACGAAAGAGGACGAGCUGAUUGUAGCGAACAGAAUAAAACUGCAAACAUAAAUUGACAGUCAGAGGAUUUUGAACACUAUAAAGACUCUUUGGUUAAAUCUCAAGCAGUGGCCUCAUCUUAAAUACAAAAUCUAAAGGGUCGGUAUAAGUGAACUGAGAAAUAAAGAAACAAUCUUGAUCUAAUUUCAAAGGUCUGAGAUACGAAACGUAUUUGUCCUACAGUCGCAACUGACGCCGUCUCUGUUUUUUGUCCAUUUAUUAAUCCGUAAGAAACUUCAAGUGUUCAGAAUAUUUUUAUUGGCAGUGUAUGUUUAAAUGCAUCCUAACCAGUAACUGUCAGCUGCAGCUGUACACAUCUGUCUGAUUAGGGCAGGUGCCUUUUAUUUAUCAUGCUUCUGUCAGCAUUCAUAUUGAAUUAUUCAGAUUUUCUCCAAUUCCACAGUUUCUUUCUUUCCACAUUUAGCAGUCAUAUUGAAAUUGUACCAGAUCUCGGCAAAUGCAGCUGACACACAGUACCUCUGUAUUCACUGAAAGUGUUGUCUUUACAUAUUCUACUUGAAAAUAGUAUACUGGUGUAUAUAACUGAUAGCAGAUUAAUGUUGUGAAUAUAAAAUCUACUUUUCAAACA